AUGCCCAAAAACAAGACAGAUUCUGAAUCAUCAUCAACAAAAUCUCUCGCUAAAGAACAAAACGAAGACGAAAAAUCAUCAUUCAAAGAAGAAGGUACUACAACGUCAAAUGUUGAUGAAAAAAAGAAACAUUCCGAUAAAUUGGACAAUCCAGGAUCAUCGGAUGAUUUGUCAAACAAAUUAGCAUCAUACUCCCAGAGAUUAUUUAAUUUACGACUACGAUUAAAUCAAGCCAAACAUGACAAUACAGAACAGGCCAUAGAAGAAUUUGAACAAUUAGAGUAUAAACCAAAACCAUUUUUCAAUCACAAAAAUGUAAUUGAAAAAGCAAUGGAAAUUCCAAAUGUAACGCUAGAAGAAUCUGAAUAUUUUGAAAAGAAGCGAAAGAGAUCACAAAAGAAAAAGCCAGAAGGAUGGGAGGCUUUAAAUAGUGAUUCACUAUACAAACUUCAUAAAAAACGAAUCAAGGAAACCAUUUCACAACAAGCAAUCGAAGAAUAUAAAAAGUCAUCUGCAAAAGAUUCAGAAGAAAAUUUACUUGCCUACGGUUCAUCUUUGGGAAAAGAUAUUUCAGAAGAAAACAAGGAGAUUAUGGCUAAUGAAUUGAAACAGAAAAUUGAAAAGAGCAAGGCUAACUACAGCAGAGAGCGAAAACAAAAUGACGAUGAAACUGUACUCUAUGUGAAUGACACCAACAAACGAUUUACCAAAUCUCUCAGCAAAGCCUAUGAUAAAUACACAGAAGACAUUAGAGGUAAUUUGGAAAGAGGAACUGCCAUGUAA